AUGCCCGGAAGAUUGAAUGAAUCAUCACGGAUGUUAACAUCGACAAUAGAAACAGGAGCAAGUAGUAUAGUAGCAUCAAAUAGACGUAGAAGUAGUCCUACUGGAUGGAGACCUUUAGAUAGACCUUUAUCCUCUUCAAGCUUUCAGGAUCCUUUGGGUUUAGUAUCAUUGUUUUCACGAUAUUCUUCAGGAGAGGUAAAUGAAACGGAAAUGCCGUCAGAAGUAAUUGAACCAGAAACUGUUGAGCAUGGAUUAUCUAUAGAGGCGCCUAUUGAGACAGAAGCGGCAGCUGGAUCAUAUACGUCAUUAUCAUCAUCGCUGAAUCUUUUACGGCGUCGUGAAUUGCGGCUGCGUGAGAUGCGUGCAAGGGUAGAUGGAAUGGCAGAGCGACUAGCACUGAUGCGCGAAGCACGAUCAGUGAUUAGAAGGUCAUCGCCUGUAAGGUUUUUUUCGUCGCCUUCAUCAUUAGUUUCUCUUUCUUCAUCGCCUGUUGUUUUGUCGUCUUCUGCAACAUGGCCUGCUGGUCUCGUCCGACGUGCAUUGCGAGGGGAAUUGCUUGCAUCCGAUGCUUUUCUAGAUGCAAAUGGUGAUAUUUGGAUGGAUGAUAGGGUACCGUCUGAAUCAAAUGAUCCUUCCGAUACUCAACAUGUGACUUCAAAUCAGGAUUUGUUUAAUGAUUCUGAAUAUCCACCCCCCUUCGUGUUAUCUUCUUAUCGUAUUGUUGAUGGUGUUCUUUUUAAUCUUGAUGGCGAACAAGUCGGAACUACUGCAAAUUUAGGUUCGGAACUUAGGAGUUGUAAAGAGCUUUAUGACGAAAUGGCGAUGCAUAGUUUAUUUUUGCGUGAUUGCGAUAAUGAUGGUUCACUAUACCUUUAUAGCACAAUUGCUCAUAAUGAAAGCAGGCAAAAAAGACGAAAAUAUUCAGUUGAUUUUUGUGCUGGACGCUAGCAAUAUAUGAUUCCCAUAUGGGUAUUUUGGCAUAUAUGGCUGGUCCAUAUUUUUUUGUUUUUAAUAUGGAUUUUAUGAUUCUUUUUAUAAAAACGUUUAAUGAUAUAUUUAAAUAGAUAGUACUUUGAGAUCGGAUACCUCAAUCACUUUUUCUUCUAUAAGUUUUUUGA